GCCAUUUAACAGUUUUCACGAAGAUACAUCUGAUGACAGACGAUGGAGCUCGAGAAACUGGAGGAUCCAAGCACUGUGCGGAAAAAUCAAGACAGCAAGAAUGGCAAAGUGUCAAUUCCUGAGAAGGUCACAUCGUUUGCCAUUCAGGAUGAUCCAAUAAGCGACGACAGCGACGAGCGGCCGGCCGGAAGUGGGUCCACCUACCACAAGAAGGCCACUGUUGUCAGCGCCAUAUUGGCCUCGCUGACAAACAUCAUGGCGUACUCCAUCAUUGCAGUCUUUUAUCCCAUCGAGGCUAAGGAGAGAGGGGUGUCGGAGACGGUCAUCGGGCUCAUAUUCGCCUCUUAUUCUAUUUCUACCGCCGUGGGAUCGCCUAUCAUAGGCAAAAUUAUACCGAUCGCAGGAGCUCGCUUCGUUUUUCUCGCCGGCUCAUUCAUCACCGGAGGAUGCAAUAUUCUGUUUGGGUUUAUAAUUGAUAUGCCUACAACAGCUACAUUCACAGUGUUUAGUUUCGCCAUACGGAUCUUAGAGGGAAUAGGAGCGGCAGCUAGCCUAACAGCAACAACAGCCAUUGUGGCUGCUGCGUUACCAGAUGAUGUCGGGAAAGCCGUGAGUUUGAUCGAGAUGACAAAUGGCGUAUCGUAUGCACUAGGGCCGGCUCUUGGAGGCUUUUUGUACAAUGCCGGAGGGUUCCCAGUUCCAUUUUUCGUUCUUGGUGGGAUUGUGUUAGCGAUCAAUGCCGUCAAUUUCUUCCUGAUGCCGGAACAAGGUAACCAGACUGAGGAGUGUGGUUCCGUGUCUAGUUUGUUAAGUAUACCCGCAGUCUGGAUAGCCCUAUUUGUUAACUUCAUCGGCUUUGCAACUUUCUCGUCCUUGGAGCCAACUUUUGCGAUUUAUCUGGAGGAGCUUGAUUUUACAGUCAUUCAGAUCAGCCUGCUGUUUGUUACUUUAGGCUUGGCGUAUGGUUUUUCCUCUGUUGUCUGCGGAGUCAUUGCAGACUCAAAGAAAUGCCCAAGAGCUUUAAUUGCAGUGGGGGAAUGUGGCGGCGGACUGUUAUUUCUUCUGUUUGGAUUGUCAGAGCUUCUGAAAUCGCCCGCCAUCAAGGUGCUUGCUGGCGUGCUGAUAGUACUGAGUGCUGCAAUGCUUUCCCUGCUGGCUGCUCCGUCGUUUAUUGACAUGCUCAGCUCAGCAGAGUGGUAUGGCAUUCCUAGUGGACUUGGCUUGACGUCUUUGCUAUCCGGACUUUGGAACAGCGCCUACGCUGUCGGAACAGUGGCUGGGCCGUUGGUAGGUGGUGCCGUUGUGGAAUACUAUGGGUUUGGCUAUUUGUCGAUAACCAUCGCUGGGUGUUGUUUCCUUGCUUUGGUCGUCAGUAGUCUUUUUGGAGUCUGGGAGUAUCGAUGUGGAAGAGGGCGGCGGGAACCAAACAAGGAGAGCAGUUCUCCAAGAGACAGCUCAAAAGAUCAACAAGCAAGGUUGCUUUCUUCAAACUAGGUCGUCAAAUAGUUUUGAUUAGAUUCCCAGUGGUUAUCAAAGCUUACGGAACUUUUGCUUUUACCUUUAACUAUAGCAACCGACCACAUGUUCUAAAUUUAAAAUAUGUAGGCAUGUUUGGGUAAACAUAUUUUGAAUGAAUACCAACACUGAAACGAAAAAUUAAGAGAUUCAAGGUUAACCAUCCUUCAAACUGAUUUUACCUGUAUGUCAUCAUGAUAUACCAAGGUGUAUCACUUAUUCACGCUGUACGAUUUGAUAAACAGGCUACUGUACUUGAAUGCCUUUACGAACGCUCGGUGGCGCUCACAAUGUCAAAUGUGCGUUCAGACUAUGCAGAUGUGAAAAAUCAUGUCUCAUUGCACAUUUUGUUAAACUAAAAAUAAGCUUGUCGAUACCUGUGUUUUGGUUAACAGAUUUCGCCGUUACACUCGCUCAACAACGUUUCAUUACACUUUAUGUGUACAAACUAAUAUUUUAUUUUGGUAGACGCUUUUACCAUCUUAAUCAAACUCGGUUGAUUUUGAAGGACAAUUGACGCAUAAGAUUAUCCAUUCUGCUCCAGUAAGUAUUUCUGCCUUGUGAGAGUUGAGAGCUACCGUUAGCUCACUGGCGAAAUUCUAUUAUUAUGUCAUGGUCAUUUGUGUAAUGAAAACCUACACUGAAAUUAGCAAAAAAAACCUUUUGGAACCUGCAAUUAUAUGAAAAUCUCACAGUAUAUCUGCAACAAAAUGGGAACCACCUUUCCCUAUAUUUGGGGACCGUCGACAAUUUUUUAGGUUUGGAUAGUUAACUGAGAACAGGCUGGGGAUCACUGAAGAAAUGAUUUCAGAACCAUUUUUGGUAGCCUUACCUUUACAUUUCUAUAACCCAUGGUUAGUAAUUCUAUCAAUUAAUUUGGCGUAAAUUUAGUCAAAAUGAAUGAUUAAAAAAUCUAAAAUUGGUUUUAAAAUGCCUAAGUGACAGCCAUUUUAUAAUGUCUUCAAAAGCAACAGCUUUCAUGAACUCGCAUUAGAAAAAAAACCUGCAGAGUUAUUUUUUUGAAGUGGUCGAGUCCGCCAAUUUGCGGUUCUCCAUAAAUCAGUCUUCUCUCGAUCUUAGAGGAAAAAAUAGCUUUAGGCUUUAGCUGCAACAGCGCUCUCUGUUGUCGCACUAGUCUGCCUCAUUUUUGCGGGUAGCUCGAUCUUUUACUCAGGACGAAAGAUCCCAACGAUAUCGAUGUUGAACAACGAUAGCAGACAAUGGAUAUGAAGUUGAUUUUGUUUUUGGUUUUUAGUCAGCUAGCCUUAUAACCAUAAUAAAGCCGG